AAAAUUUCACUAUUAGGAAAUAGGAAAUACCCUAAAACCCUGGGGAGAGCGGUUUUCCCUCCUCUUCUUUCUUCUCCGAUGAACUGAAGAACAUCAAUCUAUGGUGAAAAUGAGGAUUAAGCUUCUUCCUACUAGACGAUUACACUCCUACAGUUCUGCUGACCACUUAAAUUCCGGCUUAAAAUCAUCGUUCAGUAGGAAAGAGCUUGACAAUUUUGUACCUUACUCAAAUACAUGGUGGCGAGGAAGAUCCUAUGUUCCGUCUGUUGCUUCAGAUAUACCCGGUCCUGAGAAGGAUCGUAAACGUGUCUCUAAAGAAGAAAGGCGAGCGAUGGUCGAAUCUUUCGUGCACAAGUAUAAGGCAUCAAAUACUGGGAAGUUCCCUUCGGCAGCAAAUACUUGUAAAGAAGUAGGUGGCUCUUACUAUGUUGUUAGGAAAAUCCUUCAGGAGCUUCAGAGUGAAUCUUCAAUGUCGUCCUUAAAGGGUAGAAGUAAAAAUUCGUUUCAAGAAACAGAAAUCAAAAGUAAUGGAAGCUUAACUGAAGAGAGGCCUAAUGCUGGUAGAAUACAUUUGGAAGCAGCAUCUGAAUUGCAAAAGUCCUCUCGUGCUGAGAAGAUAUUGUCUGCUGAUGAUGAUGUUAGCCAUUCUGUCCUUCCAGUGAGAAGCAAUCUUUUGGAGGACUCUGAGGACGUUAUUUCUUCUCAUAAGAAACCAUGUGAUGAUGAUAAGAAGUUUGACGUUUCUGAACAUUUUUCUACUGAAAGCCAUGCACUAAAAAAUGAGCGAGAUGCGGUUUCUGAUGUUCACCUUGAAAGUAGAUCUUCAUCUGAAGAGCUGAAGCAUGAAGAAGGUUCAUACGGUAAAGAGCAACAAGUUCAGAGUUCUCCUAAAUUACACAGGGAGAACGUUGAGAAUAGGACAGUGGAUGAGGCUCAACAUACAGCAACUGAAUCAAAACCAUGGGGAGAACGUAUUAAGUCCAUUGUAGAUGGUAUAGUCAACAUGUGGUGGAAACGUUAAAUCCGUCUUAGAAGUAUUAACCGGAGCUUAUGUCUCGAAUUAUGGGAAAAUACAGCAGUCUUGAUCGGCUUUGUUUCUGGAGAUUAUUGCCUAAAAUCUCAAUGUCUUUUGAUUUAUCCUCUUUUGUAGAUCUCUAUCGAUGUUCAAUUCCUGUUGUUGCUGCUUGGCUUUCUUCAAAUGCCUUUUGAAGAGGAGCUGAUUUACUUGGCUUCUCAUUUUGAUACACUUUCAGACUCUACAUUAUCCUUAACCGAUUCUUUUAUUAACUCCAAAGAAAAUCUCAAAUCUCGAUAGUGA